AGCUGCCCUUCCUGUUAGCGCUAUUGUAGUCCGCAACUUUGUAAAUGGAGAAUUUAAAGGGUUGGUGGCAAAGGCGCAGCCUUGGCUGAGCCUUGUCGUGACCACGUUCACCUCUUCCUGGACAGCAAACAGUGCUUGAUUGCAGGAAAUGUUCAUAGCAGCAGGUGGUGGGGAUAAGAAUUCCAAACUUCACUUCCUCCGGUGCCUUUUGUUCCUUGCAAUUGGUGUUAAGAAGGAAAAUAAUGGCACGCCUCAGGUGGGAGAAAAAGCUUUAAAAAUGCUCAGGAAGGGAUUACUCAAGUCCAUUUAGCAGUCAUUAUUUAGAGGGCAAAUAAAGUUGGCAAAUUAUUGUUGGAUAAAAUAAUAAAUUGUGAUUGAUUCCAUGUAUUCUAUAUCUGUAAACAUGUAUCAUUAUUCACGCAUUUUAUUUGUACUAAAUGACAACAAUUUAUAAGGCUAAAUAUGAGACAUGACUGUCACCCGAACCAAACUUGAAAAAAGUGGCCCGUCUUGCAAAACAAAUAAUCUAAUUGGGGCUUGUGUCUAUAAAAUCUAAAAUGAAAUGACAAUACAAUAUUGCCAUUAAAUUAAGGCUGUUCCAUUUGGCUCCGUGAGCAUCAGAGACUGUCUCUCCGGACAUCCUAAAUCGUCGCGACAAGUCACUGCAUUAACUUCCACCGCGUAUUUGGGCACACAAACACACGCACGAAGACACAAUUGGGCACACAAAAGACACUCACACACAAGACGCAUGCCACCCCAAAAACAAGCACGCGCGUGGUGGGCGUGCCCCAGAGAGAGAGAUGGGCGUGGCGAGCGGGAAGAUGUGGGCGUGGUCUCGCCGGACGUGGGCGUGUAACGCCUUUGAUUGACAGCUCGACUCGAUGUAGAAGCGGACGGCGGCUCCCGAAGCAGAGGCAGAACGCCACAGUUCGCGGUGGCUGCUGCUGCUUGCUGCUGCUUGCUGCUGCUGCUGCCGGACACUUUCUAGUGGUCUAUCGGAGUUGUCAGCAGAGUCGCGGAACACGCUCGUAACUUCAUCGGAGAGGCCAAGGCUGCUACAUCAAGAGAAGAAGCUGUCAUCAGUUCGGCGAGGGUUUUUUUUGUUUUUCGAGAGAACGUGCGCGCUGAUUGCGAGCGUGGAUAUUGGCGGCUCACGGCUCGGUCAGGACUGCAGUGUGAUCGGUCAGCGUGUAUUUCAUUUUUAUACCACUGCUGCUGCUGUUGAUGUUACUGCUGUAACUUUAAUUGCUGCCUGGGACACAGCGACAGCGAGAGAGAGAUGUGAAGUUCGCCUGUGGUUCUAACCUGACCGAUUGGGCUAGCUGGCCUGAUAGAUAGUCAGACAGACAGACCGGGUGAGACGGCUGGAUGAUGAAGGUGGGGAGGCUGGCGUGAUUGGCAGGUUGAUAGGACAGCUAAACGGAUUGCUGCGGUCAGCAGGAGGGCGUGACAGGCAGGUAAGGCAGUCAGGUGUGGCUGUCAGGUGAGACAGGCCGGUAAGACAGGUGUUGUGUGUCCGCGUGUGUCUGCGGUGUACCUGGAUUUUGCUGCAAGGUAGCCGCAUGGCCCUCAUACGCGUGUGGACGCCACACCGCACACCUACCUGAUUCUGGGACCCCCCCCCCCCCCCCCGCUAAUUAAUAUAGCAUUGCCAGUUUUGGAAGACACUUCAUUUAAAGAAGAAGAAGACUAAAAAAACUUAACACUGCGAAGAAAACGCAUCUAUCAUCUCGUCUACAGACAGCAUACAUCCGAUCGUGCUGUAUAUAUAACAGCUGUAUGAUACAGAUAGUUUUGCGUCAAACUCUUCCUACUCCGACUGCUGCUGGAGCCGGUGCUGCGAUCGGGAGGAUCAACUCUGCCGACUUCCUCCUCACGACAUCUACCGACUCCCAACCUACCCCACCGACCCUAACCCCAUCCCUACUAUCCCCUGCACCUGUCCCGGCACCAACAACAACAACACCACUUACCCGGAGUCUAACCUCGACACCUACCCCAACCUCGACCCCUACCUAAGCCCAAAUUCCAACCCCCUACUUACCCCAACCCUUAACCCCAACCCCACCACCCUAAUCCCGAAUCACCCCAACACUUUACGCCAACAUCAACCCCAACAUCUCACCCGAGCAUCAACCACUACUCCAACGCAACCUCAACAGCAACACUCGAUUCAACCUCACCUACCGAUCCCAACACACCAAUCCCAACUCCCCAACUCCACCACCACCACCACCGCCGGCAGCGUCAUGAAGAGCGGAGGCCGGCCCGGCGGUCGGGUUGCGGCGUGCAUCGCCUGCUUGUCCCUGCUGCUGUCUUCGCCGCCGCCGAGCUGGCUGUCCGCGCCGGUGUCCGUGUCGGCCCUCUCUUGCCUCCCAUGCGAGCGCAGCCGCUGCGAGCACAACCUGCGAUGUCCCGGCCACACCGUGACGGCGCCGUGCGGCUGCUGCGAGGAGUGCGCCCGCCAGCUGGGAGAACCAUGCGGGGGGCCAUUUGGCAUCGUGGGCCAGUGUGACCUGGGUCUGCGCUGCCUCGUCGUUUCUUCUUCUCCACCGCCUCCGCCUCCUCCUCCUGGUGAUACAGCUCACGCAUCGAAUGCAUCGGCGUCAUCGUAUUCGUUGUCGAUGGAUCCAGCAGCGCAGAGAAACUGGAAUGGAGAUGAGGUCGGGAUUUGCAAAGCAGCGGAGGAGGACUACGCGGACGACGAGUACCUGGCUAUGGAGCCGUGUCUGGAGGAGCUCGUGACGGGCUGCAACCUCCGCGCGGGGCAGUGUGUCUGCGAGGAGGCGCGCACCUGUGGGAACCCCUUCUCCUUCGCCGACCUCGACGCCUGCGCCCAGGCCCUGCGCCGCAUCGAAGACGAGAAGCCGGACUGCUCGGGCGUGCGCUGCGUCGUGCAGUUCUCCCCACGCUGCCCCGACGACUCCGUGCUAAUCGAGGGCUUUGCGCCCCCGGGCCUGUGCUGCCCGCUGCCCAGCCGAUGCGAGUGCCGCCCAGCGGGCUGCGUGCGCAGGGCCUGCCCCUCGGACUCGCAGGCCACGCUCAUGCGCAAGGCCACGGGGCGGCCCGGAGAGUGCUGCAACGUCUACGACUGCAAGCGCACAUUCGACUCGGACUGCAGAGGGGUGGAGUGCCCUCCCGUGCUGGACGUGAGCUGCCCGCUGGACAGCCAGCCCACGCCCGGCAAGCUGACGAGGGACGGAUGCUGCGUGCAGCCCGACUCCCUCAGGUGCGUGUGCGGCCCUUCGGAGUGCAGCAAGCCUGAGUGCGAGGCGGGGACCGUGGCCAGGCUGCUGAUCCGCGGCGAUGGCACGCCGGGGCAGUGCUGCGACGUCUACGAGUGCGUCAAAGGCACGGGGCGGACGUGCGCGUUCAGCGGCGUGGAGCUGGCGGACGGCGAGACGUACCGCCUGGACGCCUGCCGCUUCUGCCGCUGCCGCGCCGGCGUGUCCUUCUGCUUCGCGGCGCAGUGCGGGGAGCUGCGCUGCCAGCGCUACUAUACGCCGCCUGGGGAGUGCUGCCCGGUGUGCGAGGACGCCAUGACGGCUCCGAGCAACCCGGCUGGCUGCUUCGCUGCGGGGGAGAUCCGGGCGCACGGCGCUCGCUGGCGCGAGGACGACUGCACCUUCUGCCGCUGCGUGGACGGGGAGCCGCAGUGUACGGCGACGGCGUGCGGCCAGAGCUGCCUGCACCCCGUCAAGAUCCCCGGGGAGUGCUGCCCCGUCUGCGAAGAGCCGACACUGAUCACCGUGGUGCCGCCCGUGUGCCGGGCCGUGGGGAACUGCAGCCUGCGCGACUCCGACUGCGCCCACGGCUUCCGCCUCGACUCGCACGGCUGCCGCCUCUGCCAGUGCAAAACGAAAGCGGAGGCGUGCGCUGGGCUCAUGGUGGGCUGCACCCUGGACUGCCCCUUCGGCUUCGUGCUGGACGACGCGAGCGGCUGCGAGAGCUGCCAGUGCCGUGCCAAGGCCCGCAAGUGCCGCCCCACUGCGUGCGACAAGCACUGCCCCUACGGAUACAUGACCAACAAGCAGGGCUGCGAGGCCUGCCGCUGCAUGAAGUGCCCUCCCUCCGCGUGUACCAAGCAAUGCCUCUUUGGCUUCCAGCACAACAGCAAGGGCUGCCAGGUCUGCAAGUGCAAAGACAGCCCAGUGCUGCCCAGCCCCACGCUGCCCCCACUGCGCCCUGGCUCGUGUCUACUAAUGGACGGGCGCCGUCGAUCUGAUGGAGAGGCCUGGCACGACGGCUGCCGGGAGUGCUACUGCCACUCCGGGCGGGAGAUGUGUUCACUCAUCGCGUGCCCAGCGCCUGUUUGCACCAACCCCACGCUCAAGCCCGGACGCUGCUGCCCGUCGUGUCACGACGGCAGUGACGAGGAUGAGGCGGAUCCCAGCGAGGAGGCGGCAGUGUGCCACUCGCCGGGCGGGCAGUCCUACGUGGAGGGCGAGACGUGGCCCAUGGACGCUUGCACGCAGUGCGCGUGCCACGGCGGGCGCGUGCUGUGUGACAGCGAGGUGUGCCCUCCGCUGCUCUGCGCCAGCCCUGUGCGAACCCCCGACUCCUGCUGCCCUCACUGUCCAGAAGACGGAGAGAGCCAUCCGGGCGGCGCGGCGGGCAACGACAGCGUGACGGCGUACUGCCGCUCCGAGGAGGGCGACAUGUUCCUGCCGUGGGAGGCAUGGAAGCCGGACGUGUGCACCAGCUGCAUGUGCCGCAACGGCCACAUUGCCUGCUUUCACGAGAGCUGCCCCGCGCUGCCCUGCCCCCGGCCUGUGCUGCGCAAGGGACAGUGCUGCCCCUACUGCCUGGACGAGCCACCUUUCAGCACGGGCUGCUCAUUCGACGGGCGCUUGUACGGCGACGGCGAGCGCUGGGCACUGGACAGUUGCACCCACUGCUUCUGCGUGGGAAGCCAGACGCUGUGCGCCAUGGACGACUGUCCCACCCUCACGUGUGCCCAGCCGCUCUUCCUGGAGGGCCUGUGCUGCCCCCUCUGCCCAGAUGAGCCGACGGUAGCGGUAGUGAUGGUGCCCGUGAACAAGGCAGAUCGGUGGAAUGAGAUCGAUCCAGACAACGCCGCGACAUUGCCGACCACCCCUGUCCUUGAGGAAACCCACGAUCUGGAAAACCACAUCCCAGGGGCCCAUCUGCGGCUGGCCCCAGCCGACCCGUCUCACGCCUCGCGCUCCCAGGACCUCGCCUGGUUGGCCCUGGUGCCCCUCGUGGCUGUGGUGGCCAUUGGUGCGGCGCUGCUCUACCAGCACCGCCACAAGCGCUGGAUCCCCAGCCCGGCCUACAAGCCACCCGGCAAGGAGUCGUGCUUCAGCCCCGAGCUGCAGACGCACUCGGUGGUGUACGUGGACUGCGAGCGGGGCACCAAGGUGCAGGUGGACAGCCCCCACAGGAUGAAGCGCCUGGCGGAUGAGGACACGCGAUACAGCGGCUGUUUCUCCACGCCCAACGGCCACGCCGGUGGGGGCGGCGUCGCCACGCAGGCCGGGGCCCAGUGCACGGACGCCCUCUGAGUGGCGCGGAUGAGCGAUGUCUCACGAGCGAAAAAGCGACUGUGUGUGUGCCUUUUGCCUUUCUUCUGCUUGAAGCUUUGGGGCAUUCGGCAAAACCCUCUCCUUUCACUUCGCUCUCGCCACGUUUUUGCUGGGGUGUCCAGUUCUGUUUUGCGAGUCGGGAUCUUACCGAAGACUUCUGUGUCAGGGUUGUCCCGGUCGGAACUCACGUAAGGUGGUGGUCUCCCACCAAAGAAUGCCAAACUAUUGUAUUGUAUAGAGCUACACUGAAAAAAACAACAUGUAAAUUAAAGUCAAAGUGACUUCAUGCUCAAAUGAGCAUUGGGGCGGCACUCAACUCUGUCGGCGGCCCUGAGCUCGUGGCAGCAAUAUCAUAUUGCUAUCAUGGGGAACGUUCUCUCCGUAAGACAACUUCCGUUAAGUUCCCACACGUUACGUUGUGCUCAUUCCCAAUAAGUAUUUAGCAAAGGGUAAGCUUUGUACUUUAGCGGUUUGACCAUGGGUCUGGGUCAUGGUGGCCUGUUUCUUUAAAAAAAUGGCAUGGGAUCCUUUACGCGAACACACGUUAGCAGACAGUGCUCUGUGUGAUUGUAUUUCCACGGCAGGAACAGAUCUCAGAGUCAAAGCCAUUGAAAAUUAGAUGCAGAAGGAGGUGCAGUUGUCUCAAUGCCUCCCAUCCACUCCAUAUGACAAAACAUUAAAAAAAGCAUUCAUGCUCCGAAUAAAAUACAUCUAAAUGUUUAUUUAUUAUACGUGUCUAAACCCAAAAUGUUCACUCCAUUUUAAAGGUGUGCACUUAUUGUACGUUUGCCAUUGCUACAAAAUUACAAUUGCUCUGCUAUCACUUGGCCGGCGUUGCUCACUUGCACGAGCACUGCGCAGUUGUGAGUGAGCAAUUGAAAUUUGUCGAAGGCGGUGGGAAAGCUAUUGGAGGAUAUCGUUGUUUCCGUCGCGUUGAUUUGACAGCGGGCUAUGGAAACUGCAGUACCGUGCAUGGAAACCACCACUCCCAGGACACGUGGUUUAUCAACAGAAGCACGCGUUUGGAGAUAUUUGCUUAGCGCGUGGGCGCACUCGUGUUCACACCCCAGCCUUGGCGUGCCAGAGUGAGUGUCACACUUCGAGUGCCAUUGGGUAGCGUCGAGAAGUUCAGGACUAACACGGGAGGGGAGGAUGAAUGGAGUGCCAUGAGGUGUCAAUGCAAUGUGAGUCGUGACAUAUCGUUGUUGUUUAGUGGACUAUAGACGCGUUGCUAAUGAUUGACUAGUGAUAGCUCCACGAAGAGUAGUGUGUAAAUAUCGUGUGUGAAAGAGAGUAAUUUACUGUCGAUAACCAAGCGGAGCGCUCGAUCGGCAUGAGUGCGGAGGCAUCUCGGAAACCUGCAGUUUGCCGGCUGCAGAACACGACGUUCACAAAGAACGAAAAACGUUCAAUAUUUUUCUUGUUUUUUUUUACAAAUUCAUACUUUGCACAAGUGGCCCACGUGGAUAUAAUUUAAGGUUUAUAUUAAUACACGUGUAACUGAUUGAUGAUAUAGGUGCACAACACUCAAGGGACAGAAAAUCCAUGAUUUUAUUUUUGGUGGGGGGGGUGGUGUUGGUUUUUCACUGGUCUGACUGGGGUGUGGCUGUCUCAAACAUGAAUAUAAUUGUGUCUCUGGGUCUCACAUUGUCGCAUGGAGGAUCUAUUACAACUGUCGCUCUGCAAAUUUCCAAAAACAUGACGCUGCCAAGUUUAGUCGCAAAUAAUGAAGUGUAUUUAUUUAUGACGAUUUCAAAUUUGUAUUCCUCCGGUAUAUAUUGUAUAUUAUAUACAGUACCGUGGAUUUUGGAACCGUGGAAUACACCCAUAGCAGCAUGCAGAAAUUAUUGACUUCAGAGAUUGAUUCCCGUUCAAUAUAUUUCAUCUUUGAAACAUUGCGCAUCGUGAACAUAUUUUCGUUGUUACAUUUCUGUUCCCGUAAACCCAUGUUAAGUGAUGUUAAGAUGCCUUCAUAAUUUUUUUUUAAUCGAUGUUACUGCAGCAUGCUAUACCCAAAGCAGGUAACAUUUGCUUAACCUUCUUGUGAAACCGGCUUAUUCCACAGACACCGCCCCUCAUUAAAGAAUGAAAAUGGUCUUCUGAUUCAUAUUAGUUUCACUUUCACAGGACUGCCUUCAGCCCAUUCACUUUAGCGCACUUUGUCAAUCACAGUGUAUGACACGAGCAGUUAAAACUGGAUUGUUGCCUUAAGUUUAACGGAUCGAGUGUGAGCCAGCGAGGGCCACGCGUCGACUGAAGGCGCCGCGAUAGCGUACGCACCCUGAAAACCUAACCACUGGAACAUAAAUUGCAAAAUAUUAUUAUUUUUUAAACAUAACUUUACGAUGCGUUUCAGAGUUGAUUCUGCGUGCUGUUCGCAACACGGCAACGGCCAGAAAACAUAUCGGAGAGGUGGACAGCACAACCGCAAAAAAUCAACGCAAUCGGUGCAAAUAGCGGUUCAAGGUUGAGCACUGUCACAACCACAAAUGUCAAUGAAACCAUGUACAGUGUGGCAAACGAGAUCACUAAAAUGAGCAGAAAGACAUUUUAAAAAUGACACGUGCAACAUUGCAGAGGAUUUUCGUGAUUGUCAUGUCCUAGUCUACAUACUUGAUUUAAAAUAAUAAAAGUCAUGUAAGCCAGCAAGGGAGAUAAGCAAAGAAAACAACCGCAUGUUUAAAUUACCGCAGAGUAUGAGCCAAUAUUAUUAUUUUUGUAUAUUUAGAAUGUUUUAAUCAAAUAAACCCAUUUUAAGUUAUUUUGAUUUAGUAAACGGUAAAAAAAAAUGCAAUUCAUACAACAUCACAAUUUGUAGUUUUUUUCAAGUGAGGGUUUUUCCAUCACUUGAGUGAAAAAUGCCAAUGUGAUUUGUAUAUGUGUACUUUAACAAUGUAUCAUAUUCCAUGUUUCACUUUGUUGGCAGCCAUGGACUCAAGAGAUGUAGGUGGUGAGUGAGAAAAGCUGACACAAAAAAAAUGUUAAUGCCACAGUUUCAUGAUUUGAGUUGAAAUAUUACAAAUAAGCUGUCAUAAAUGUCGUAUAUUUUUAAGGACAGAAAUACAUUAUUUAUUAUUUUAACAAUGUAAUUUCUCUAGGGUAAUAUUUAUUGAAGCCAGGUGAUGUGGCGAUGAUUUAUAGUCAUAAAAUAAAUCCGCAAAAGGUAAAUAAUAUACAAAAUUCAGAGGAUAACUAACUGCCCAAAACUUAUCACAGCAUAGGAUUCAUCGAACACACACAACUAAUGCACUGAUGUAUGUAAUCUUUUUUUGUGGGGGGAGGGAGAGGGGAAGGGGGGUUGUUUUUUGAUGUCAGCUUGUCACAGUCUGAAGAAAGUCCUGGAACACGUGACAAGAGAGGGCCAAACUGUGUAGAACCGACCAAAAUGAGAAGUGUGAGCAGCCGAAGAGUGGUGCCACACUCCAACGAACGCAACAAAAUCCACUUCAGCUUUCAGAAUCCCAGCGCCGCACUAUUAUUAUUAUUAUUUACCGUUUAUGUUUGUAAAUAUACGAUCAGAAAUGUGUGUGUACAUCUGUAAAAAAAAGUUUUCCCAUGUUCGUUUAACUGUUGAAUGUAUUUAUAAUGUAGACAAAAAAAAUCUUUUAUUUGGAAAAGUUCAAAGAACAUAUCUUUAUAUCUUUGCAUCCUUUUUGUUUUCCUACUGGUUUGGACACUUUUACCCGUAAGAACCUUUGCAUACUUCGUGAGCUGGCUUUUAAGAAUUUUAACUGCACUUGGUUUAUUAUGGAUGAUGAGGUUUUAUUCGGAACCUUAUUAUAAAUGUUUGUUACGUAGGGGUUUUUAUUUGUUUGAUCGUUUUUUUUUUUAAAACAUGCUUUGUCCUUUUGACAUUAGUUGCCUAAUGAUGAUGAGCAUAAGAGCUCAGUGUUGGGCACGAGUGAAGUGUCGAUGACGACAUUUGGCUUCUCCGUGAAUUACAGUUUAACAAAGGCUUAACAUGCAAAGUGCAUACGCCACAUUGUCUGUGUGUUUUUUAUUAUUAUUUAACGGCCAUUUGCUUCUGCUCUGCUUUAAAGUAGUGUAAAGAAAAGUAUUUGUCAACGCAGUUACUUGUGCUAAUAACGAAGAUGCUUUGUAAUUUAUUUUUAAUUAACGUUCCUAUUUAUUAUAGACGAAUGCUGAUAGCUAAAGCAAAAUGACCUGGAAUUGCCCAUGUGUGUGUGUGUGUGCAUGCAUGUGUGUGUGGCCCCAACAGUCUAUUAAGGCUAUACGGGGGGAUAUUUGUGUUUGUGUGUCGGUGGUGGGGAGCGGUAGUGCAGUGGUUAGCGCGCUGCGCUACAAACCCGGUGACCCGAGUUCAGUUGCAGCUCACAGCCAACACCAGUGACGAUUAUCUGGACCGAUCCUGGUCUUCCCCUUGGUCGAUUCAACCUCAAAUAAGUACCUGGCGUGGUGUGUAAAUAUCACCGCUAGGGAGACAAAGGCGGCCCGGGCGUGGUGCUGGCCACCCCACCCCCUCGUGUGCCGUUCCGGCCUCGCUAACAGCACUUGCCACAAACGUCUGUUAAGGCUUUACGGGGGGUUUUUGCCUUUUGCUCGUGGUGGGAUCACCGUGCGCGUGACCAAAAUCUGCUGUACAAACUUGUUUCAGCGUUUUUGGCCAUCCCGGUGCCCCCAGGCCACGCUUUAUGGGUGUCCCGCGGGAUGACGCUGACUGCCUCCCCCCGUCCGUCUGUAAAUGGCUAACGCUGAUUUUUUUUCCUCUCUCUCUCUCACGCAAUGCUCUCGCGCUGGGCGACUAUUAGUGGGUAAAAUUGCAUGGCAUCCGACACACGCACGUUUUGUACAUACACGGGACGCGUGUCCACACUUGAUUCACGCAACGCGUGGACAUGCGUAUGCACGGCCUUGUUCUCUUUAUCUGACUUGUGGUCGCAAACUGUUUGCUUCCAGCUUUAUCAUUUACAUUCAAAAAUAUAAAAAUAAAAAAACUUCUCAAAAACUCA